AUGAUCUAUGGAGCAAUCGAAGGAGGCGGCACAAAAUACGUCUGUGCUAUUUUGAAUAGUGACGGUGAGGUGAUCGAUGAAAUUCGAUAUGAAACCACAAACCCAGAAGAAACCUUAACGAAGGCCGCAACCUAUUUUCAUCAAGAACCUAAAAAACAUGGCGAUUUAACUUCACUCGUGAUUGCCACCUUCGGCCCGGUAGAGUUGAACCCGAAGAACACCAACUACGGAACCAUCCUCACUACUCCCAAACCGAAUUGGGAAGGAACGCAACUAAUUGACUUUUUUCAAAAAAAAUUCCCCGCCGUGUCAUUGCAAAUAGAUACCGAUGUCAAUGCCGCGGCACUAGGCGAGUGGAAAGCACGCGGACUCACGCCCGAUGAGUCGUUAAUCUACGUCACAGUGGGCACCGGCAUCGGCGGCGGGGUAGUAGUCGGUGGAAAAACCCUAAAAGGUUACCCGCAUCCAGAGAUUGGGCAUCUUCCAAUACCCUCCGAAGAAAAAGGAAAUUGUGAUUACCACCAAAAUUGCGUCGAAGGCCUAGCGAGUGGCGCCGCGAUGGAAAAACGCUGGGGCAGACCCGCCUACGAAAUCCCGCCGGAACACCAAGCAUGGCAAAUUGAAGCCCGCCACCUUGCCCUCCUCGCCCAAACUCUAACCGCCACUUUUUCACCAAAGCACAUCAUUUUUGGCGGAGGCGUGAUGGAGCAAGACCAUCUGUUAGAUCUAGUGAAAAACGAAUUUUCUUCCCUCGCUGGAGGUUACUGGGAUUCACCAGAAGACUACCUACAACGGCCCAUGCUCGGCAAUCAAUCUGCCGUGCUGGGAUGCCUUGAAAUAGAGAAACGACAACACGCCAAAAACUGA